AUGCGCUCUCUUUCCUCCAAGCAGCAAUAUCGACCUCAACCUCUCCAAAGGAGAUCGACCCUCAAACGCUCCAUUGACGAAACGAGCUUCAUGGAUGCCCCCUCCAGUCCCUCCAAAAGGUCCCGCGUUACCUUUGAUUCCGACGUCGAGAUUGUCUCAGCCGGUGAAGAAGACGAACUAGAUCCUCUUGUUGUCAAAGAGCAGGUGCGCAGAGCGGUCGAGAGACGCAAAGCCAAGGAAGACGAAUCAUAUGAAAGGAUCAAAUCCGUGUUCACCAUUUCCUACGAAAAUCCAGGAGCACCAUCGACCAAAGUCCUGAAAAUCCACCUGCAGGCGCUGCUCGCAAAUGUCACCGCCCUCAACAAAGAUUGCAGCGGCCUUGUGACUGCAGUCUUGUAUAGCGAAUGGAUUGGCCGGGAAGAACCUUACUAUGCUCUGUUUGUUCGAUUUCUGAACAAUCUCGCCGCCGCUCAGCGCGGCUAUCAGCACAAGAUCAUGUCCAUGCUGGUGGAUUUGCUCGGACCGCAAAAGACAAGAAGAAUAUCAGGUUCCAAACCAAUCAGGCAGCCAACUAUCCAUCGAAGGGUGAUGCAAGCGAUCCAAUACAUCACUAGCAAUGUACCAUCUAUCCCCGCAGCACUGGCCGACAGGAUCUCAUCUAAGCUUGACUUUGAUUUCGAGAAGGUCGAGGAACGGAUGACGUACACCCGCAAUUUCAUGGAAAUGAUCAAGUAUGUACCUGAGCUGACCUCGGAGAUCCUGACGAGUGUUCUCCGACAGCUGAUCAAACUCGAUGUGGCUGUCCAGGUCGAUCUUGAUGAGGAGGAUGAUGAUGCUGAAGACGAUAUCCUUGAUCACAUGUCAUCGUCCCAGACCCUUAUCGCAUCUCAAGCACAAGACAUGCUCAAAAGCCCUCUUGAUUCGGAAAAUGAUGACACGGCCACAACGGACGAAGAUUCAGAUAUGGAAGACGCGGAAGUCGACUCAGAAACCGCACGUCGCCGGAAACUGAAAGAAGAUAUCAGACAGGUUGACCUGAUCAUGGAUAUUUUGUUCCAAUAUUACGCCAAACUCACCACGUCCAGCAACAUCACGACCCGAGAUAGCGCCAUCGAACAACUUAUUUCCCAAUUCCAUACACACAUCCUACCUACAUAUCGCGCCCGUCAUCCACAAUUCCUCGUUUUUCACUUUGCCCAAUCCGAUCCGAUCAUUGUCGAUCGAUUUGUGACGAGUUGCGUUGCCGUACUAGUCGACAAGAAACAGCCCUACCUCCUCCGGCACAGUGCGGCUGCCUAUUUCAGUGGUUUUGUCGGCCGAGGAGCCCAUGUCUCACCACAGGUUGUUCAAGACUGCCUCGAAUUACUGUGCGACCAUCUCACCAUCCUGCGCAAGACAUAUGAACCAACGUGCCGUGGGCCUGACCUGAAACGAUAUGGCGAUUUCUACGCCGCGUUCCAAGCGAUUCUCUAUAUCUUCUGCUUCCGCUGGCGAGACGUCGCCUCCUCAUCCGCAGAUCUCGAGUCCGAGUCGGAUUUUGACCUUGACGAGGAGGAGAUCGAAACGUAUCAUUUCCCUGAGUCACUCCGAGACUCGCUCCGCACAGCAAUUUACUCACCACUGAACCCCCUUCGGGUCUGCACACCUGUCAUUGUCGAGCAAUUUGCCAAACUCACUUACGCCCUCGAGUUGUUCUACGUCUACCCGAAACUCGAAGAGAAUAAGCACGUUCGAGUAGUGACGGCGGCUCACGCGAGAUCCAUGUCGGACCUCACGAUCAGCAAUCCUGACCGGGACCUGAGCUGGGUUGGCGAUAACGGAAUGCUCGAGGGUUACUUCCCAUAUGAUCCUUACCACCUACCUAUCAGUCGCCAUUGGAUCGAGGGGGAUUAUGUCGAGUGGAGAGGAAUCCCCGGCGACGAGGCGGAGGAAGAUAGCGAAAGUGACGCGGAGGGAAUGGCUGAAGAUGAAGAAGAUGAUGAUGAUGAUGACGAAAACAAUGACGACGACGUUUCAGGAGACGAAGACGAAGACGAAGACGAAGACGUAGGGCAGUGA